GCAGCAUCUGUCAUUCUUCUCUGCCUCCUGCUGCAUCCCGCGCACAGAGCCCCGAUCGCGAUCAACUACUACCUAGCUAGUUGGCCGCUGGUACGUACGAGAGGUAGAGAUCAAUGGCGGCGACGAUGACGGUGGAGGAGGUGAGGAAGGCGCAGCGGGCGGAGGGGCCGGCCACGGUGCUGGCGAUCGGCACUGCGACGCCAGCAAACUGCGUGUACCAGGCCGACUACCCGGACUACUACUUCAAGAUCACCAAGAGCGACCACAUGGCCGACCUCAAGGAGAAGUUCAAGAGGAUGUGUGACAAAUCGCAGAUCAGGAAGAGGUACAUGCACCUUACGGAGGAGAUCCUACAGGACAAUCCCAACAUGUGCGCCUACAUGGCGCCGUCGCUGGACGCGCGCCAGGACAUUGUCGUCGUGGAGGUCCCCAAGCUCGGGAAGGCGGCGGCACAAAAGGCGAUCAAGGAGUGGGGCCAGCCACGGUCUAAGAUCACCCACCUUGUAUUCUGCACCACCUCGGGUGUGGACAUGCCGGGCGCCGACUACCAGCUCACUAAGAUGCUCGGUCUUCGCCCCUCCGUGAAGCGCCUCAUGAUGUAUCAGCAGGGCUGCUUUGCCGGCGGCACGGUGCUUCGCCUAGCCAAAGACCUUGCUGAGAACAACCGCGGCGCGCGCGUGCUGGUGGUCUGCUCGGAGAUCACCGCGGUGACCUUCCGUGGCCCGCACGAGUCCCACCUCGACUCGCUGGUAGGUCAGGCACUCUUCGGCGAUGGUGCAGCCGCGGUGAUCAUCGGCGCAGACCCCGACGAGUCCAUCGAGCGCCCCCUGUUCCAGCUGGUGUCUGCGAGCCAGACGAUUCUGCCAGACUCAGAGGGUGCCAUCGACGGCCACCUCCGAGAGGUCGGCCUCACCUUCCACCUCCUCAAGGAUGUUCCUGGGCUCAUCUCCAAGAACAUCGAGCGCGCCCUAGAGGACGCAUUCAAGCCAUUGGGCAUCGAUGACUGGAACUCCGUCUUCUGGAUAGCGCACCCCGGCGGGCCAGCAAUCCUUGACAUGGUCGAGGCAAAGGUAAACCUGAACAAGGAACGGAUGCGCGCCACCAGGCAUGUCCUCUCCGAAUAUGGCAACAUGUCAAGCGCCUGCGUACUCUUCAUCAUGGACGAAAUGCGCAAACGCUCCGCCGAGGAUGGCCACAGCACAACUGGCGAGGGAAUGGAUUGGGGUGUUCUCUUCGGCUUUGGCCCCGGCCUCACUGUGGAGACAGUUGUCCUCCAUAGUGUCCCAGUCACUGCCUAGGUGAUCGCUUGUUCUCAAUUUAUCUUGGUCGUGCAAAAAUCUACUAUACCGCUGCAGCACUCAAUUAAGUUUGCUCUAUUGUAUUCUACCCUAUGUGGUUUGUAUGUGUUGGUAGAUGCAUUCUCCUGUUUGUCUGUUUUUUGUUUUUGAUUGAGAGGACGGAUUUGGUAGAUGAGAAUUAGUUAUGUCUCAUGUAACUCUUAUACCAUAAGAUGAAAAUGCUUGAUGAUU